UUGAGCGCACGCAGAAUAGUAUUUGUUAGCAAACAAUUAAAUGAUCAUGAUUGGUUACUAGUGAGUUUAAACAAUGAAAAGCAAUUAUUUGGUAAUGCAGCAGUGAAUCGAUAAUUUUCUCUAUAAUUUCAUAUAUUCUGUGUGUUAAGCUGUCAAUUUGUCACAGUUUUGACCAGUAGUUCAACAAGUUUGCUUUUGUUGUUUGAGGUUAGACUUUUUUUGCAAGUUUUAAAUUUUAUUUCAUGAGUCAAUCAAUCCACUAAUUGUUUAAUUGAAUAUUAAAAUGGCGACUUGUAACAUCGCGAGGAAAAAUAAUUAUUUACUAAAAAAAAUAAAUGAUCAUAAAAAAAUUUUUUAUGAAAAUUAUCAAGAUCUCUGCGUUCUGCUUCAGAUCGCAUUUAGAAAAAAAAUCAAAAAGAAAAUAUUAGAUAACUCUUAAAUUUAAAAUGAAAUUAAGAAGGUCAGAGGAAAACUAUUGAAGAAAACUUAAAAUGGGAUUGAAAUUGGGACUUGACUCUACGAAAGUUACUAAUUUUAAAGAAGAUUCGAAAUUAACUUGGAGGAAUAUAAAUUUUCAAGAAACUUUUUGUCAUCUCAAGAUAAAUCUAUGAAUUAUUCUAAUUUCCGGAAAGAUUUAUCAUGCGGACUACAAUGUUUCAGCCGGAAAAUUUGAUAAAUCAUGAGCCGAAAAAAAGAAAAUUAAAAAAAAAUAAAAAGAAAAAGUCAAUGAAGGAACAGGAAAAAUCGCGUGCUGCUGCUGUGUCUGCAGAAACAGAAAAGCAAAAAAAUGUACUGAUCAAGGACAUGCUCGAGGAGAUACGAGUAGAGAAGUUUAAAUCUGAGACAGAAGCUUCGAUCGAUGAAGAUGAAGCGAGAAAACGAAAAGUUCAUUUAGAAAAAACCUGGCAUGUUAUUACGAAAAAUGAACAAGCGUUUAUGGAGGAUGCUUUGGAAAACAAAGAAGAAGAUGAGUGGAUCCAAUACAUGACUUGUGACGGUCUACCAAAUCCUGGGAUACUGUCAGAAUUAAAUACAUUUUUAUUUAUUUGGGAUUUAGAGGAUGAAGAAGCGUCAAUGUUAAAUAUUUCACACAAAUGCCAAGUCGUUAUUUAUUUAUUGCUAAAAUUAGAUAACAUUAUUGAGUUGAGUUUAAUGGAACCUCCUGAGUAUAUUGAGGACUGCAAAAAAGUACGUAAAAUAUUUAGGGCAAAGCUGAAAUACUGGAUUGAUCUGGCGACUUAUCGGCUUCUUCGUCAGAUCGAGCGAGACAUGAUUAGAGAGGAUUUAAGAAAUGCGAGAUAUAUAAAAGAAGCUGAUGAAAUUAUUUGCUGCAUUUGGGCUUUGAUCAGAUUGCCAAUUAGUAUCAAACAAUUAUCGGAACGUGAAAGAAAUCCAAUAGAAAUAAAUUUUAAAGAACUAGAUCUGACUGUUAAAAUGCCUGUGGAUGUUGAUUGCUACGCUAUGUCAAUACGCGGCCUCUGGAUUAAAUACGAUCAUUAUUCAGAUCAAGGAUCAUCAUUUUUUAUGCCAGAAAUACCACAAGAGUAUAAUAUGAAUGAAGAUCUUUUGACCUUUUGUCUGAACGAGUACGAUACAAAAGUCAAAAUUCGUCAUGAACAAGUCGAGGGUCGUAGAUUGAGACUCGAAGAAAAAAAAAUGAUGGUCGAACGUUUAUCGAAUCCGUCACAAUUCGUUACAUCUAAAUCGGAAAAAAAAGGCAAACAAAGUAAAAAAUUAUCACCCCAGGCUGGACGGUCUAAAAAAACGGAACCUGAAGCUGAGCCUGAACCACUACCGUAUUUACCUACACCCGAUGAAAUCAUUCUGCAGAAAGAAGAGGAAAAUAGAAAGGAGUUGAGAAAAUUAUUAUUUACCCGGUGUGAAAAAACAGAAAUAAAUUUACGAAAAUAUCGGAUACUUGGCGGAGUGUAUCAUAUUGAUUUAAUUUAUCAACCACCUCAGCCUAAAGAUAUGAGAGGAGAUAUUUUUUUGACAACACUUCAACUACCAAAAGAACUCAGAUAUGUAUCUUUUUUACGGCCGUACAAAGCGCCACCGCCAGCACCAGACGCAGAAAGAACUCCGGAGGUGAUUGAAGCUGAAAUGAAAGCUCUUGAAGCUGCGAUGGAAGCUCUAGUGCUUGUCACUUUCAAGCUUCCGGAGUCAGUUUUGUGGUUCGAGCCGCCUCUGGUCGCUCACUGGAUUGAUGAUAAAAAAAUUUGGUCGACUCAGGACGUACAUGAUAUCAAAUACAAUGAAGAAAAACAAAUAAUAACAUUCAGGACUGGUAGACUUGGCAUCCACGGUCUUGCGGGAUUUAAAUUUAUUAAUUUACCAUUUCAAAGUUGGGAAUUGAAACCGGAAACUGGUAAAACUGGUGGGGUGACACUCAAUAUUUCUGCUGCUAUUGUUCAAGUUGAAUUUGUCGUACGGGAAAAUUUGGUAUGUCUAAAUUCUUUAAUCGGAGGCACUACAACUGCACUUCAAGAUCUUGUUGGAAAAUAUAUGAAACUUGAUUUAUUAAUACGAAAAAUGAGAUCUGGUGGCUGUGAUUUAUUCCCUGAAAGAGAUACUUUUAGUUACAUAAAAGGCCUUCCAGUAAAGCACCCGAUUGCUGAAAAACAUCUUCAAUCAUGCAUGGGUUUACUUAGUACAGCAUACAUGUUUGCCUGGUCAAGAUGGAAUGCAACAGUAUCAGCGCGUCAAAUAAUUAUCCAAAUAAAAGAAUUACACGGGUGUGUUGCCAAAGAACAAACAAAUAUGAUGCUGAUGGUAACUCCACUGCGUACUACUCUUAUUGAUUGCACAGAAGUUGGCUCUGAGUUCAGCGAUAAAUCAAUGCCUGGUGAAGACUCUAAGUUUUUCGCGGAUGUUUAUCAUUUAGCAUCACAUACUGCUGGGAUAAAAACCCGACUGUUGAUGAAAAAGGGUUCGGAUCCCAGAGUAGCGACAUGUCGAGGAAAACUUCAAAACAGGCGAAGUAAACUCAACCAAGAAAUAAACAAAGAACUGAGACUACGUGCUGGUGCGGAAAAUCUCUUCAAAGCAACCACAAACCGGAAAUUAAAGGAAACAGUAGCAUUGGAAUUGAGUUUUGUUAAUUCAAAUCUUCAAUUACUGAAAGAACAACUCGCUGAGCUAAAUAGUUCUGUUGAGCUCUAUCAAAAUGUCGAUGGACAAGAGCCAGUCAUGCCGAUGAUCCCAUUGGGAUUAAAAGAAACUAAAGACAUUGAUUUCCAAGAUCCUUUUAAGGAUUUCAUCUUAGAACAUUACAGUGAAGAUGGCGAUCAUUAUGAAGAAGCAAUUGCUGAUCUUAUGGAAACACGACAGGCAACACGAACACCAACGCGAGAUGCAUCAGGAAUAGCUUUACUAUUCCGUUACUACAAUCAAUUAUAUUUCAUUGAAAGACGUUUCUUCCCACCGGAUCGAAGCCUCGGUAUUUAUUUCGAAUGGUUCGACUCAUUAACAGGAGUACCGAGCUGUCAAAGAACAGUAGCGUUUGAGAAAGCAUCGAUUCUAUUCAAUGCCGGUGCUCUGUACACACAAUUGGGAGCUAAACAAGACCGACGAAGUACCAAAGGACUUGAUCAAGCUGUCGAUGCAUUUUUACGCGCUGCCGGUACAUUUCGUUACAUCCAUGAAAAUUUCACAAAUGCACCGAGUAUGGAUCUUGGUCCUGACAUGCUGGACAUGUUGGUGCAGCUGAUGCUGGCUCAAGCGCGAGAAUGUUUAUUUGAAAAACUCGAAUUACAAUCUCGUGAUACAAGAAAUACUGAUAUCUGUUUGGAUCUUGCUCAAGAAGCUGCUCAAGUUGCUGCUGUCUAUAAUGACGUACAUGGAUUAAUAUCACGUGAACCUGUUCGUGAUUACGUACCUGAAUCCUGGGUUUCUCUGGUUCUUGUCAAGCGCGAACACCAUUUAGCACUUGCUCAUAAACACCUCGCUGCUGGAUUACUGGCUAAGCCUAUUGCGGAAUUCAGAACAGAAACAAAACUCACGUUGGAACAUAUCCAAGAGAGCGAUGGGAAAACUCAAAUGGAUAAUGUUAUUCCUAAAGAUGAUCAUGAACGGAGAGCUCUAGGGAGAGCGCAUUUACGAGAAAGUUUAGUUCUGCAUGAAGAAAGUCAGCGACUACAAAGAAUGUGCAGAGAAUUAAAAGGCAAACAAGCAUUAGCUAAAUUAUUAAAACGAGCACAUGAUGCGACUUUGAAAAAUUAUAAUGACGCUGGUGAUGAAGAUGAUCUGCGAGAAUUACUUGAUCCUCCGCAUAUAAUUGCAUCAACAAAAUUCCAAUUAAGUAUCACGCAUCCAGAUUUCAGUCAACACGGAGUUGAUGAUCUGUUCAAAUCACUCGGUCCCGUAGCCAUAUUUUCAGCUAAAAGACACUGGACAGCUCCACGAUCUAUUCAAUUACAACGUGGACCUGGUGGUGAAGGUUUUGGUUUCAGUGUAAGAGGAGACGCUCCUGUUAUUAUUGCUGCCGUUGAUCACAAUUCAUUAGCUGAUCUCGGUGGAAUGAAGGAAGGCGAUUUCAUUGUUAACAUCGAUGACAAAGAUGUUAAAUGGGCCUCCCAUGAACAAGUUGUGCGCUUGAUUAAACAGUGUGGAGACUCAAUUAGUCUUAAACUCGUCACGCCUAUGGAUAGAAAUUAUUUAAAAAAACCUGUGAAGACUAGUCAUCAUGAUAAAGGCAGCGUGUCAGCAAGUAGUUCUUCAGGAGUGUCUUCCGGUCAGCCAAGUCCAGCAGGAUCUGUCACAACGGCUCAUGCUGCCCGACGUAUUCCUUGGAAUCCAUUUAAAAAAUCAACUCAACGAGAUAGUAGAGAUCUUACCUUUGAUAAUGUCAUUCUCAGAUGAUCUCUGCAUUAUAUAUAUCUUAUAUAUAUGUAUAUCUUACAUACUCUCAUCGUAAUUUCGCGACUAUUUUAUAUUUUUAUCUUUACAUUGAGAGUAAAUAUAAAAAAUUCGCCAUAUUACGAUACAAAUUGAAAAAAAAAAUUCUUGCCACAAUGAUCCAUUUUUUUAAAUUUUAAAAAUAAAUAUAAUUUUUAAAAAUUUUAGUUUAAAUAUUAAUUAUGUACAUAGAUUUUAAAUGGUAUUUUUAUAUAUAUUGAUAUAUAUAUUAUACAUUUAAAGCAAGUGGAUCAUUCGUGGCAAUAAAAUACUUUUUUAAAAUUAUUUAAUGGAAAUUUUUUUAUGCCAAAUUUUGAUUUUAAAAAAUCAUUUUUAUUAUUGAUAAUGAUAAUAAGUAAAUAUUAAAUUUAUGUCUUGUAUAAUUUUUUUUUUAAGCUAGUGCUGAAAUAUGCGUACAUGAAGCCAUAUAUUAAUUUACUGUAUUACAAAGUGUAGAAAAAAAUUAUGUUUAAAUAAAUAAAAUAAAAAUUUUUUUAAAUUUUAGAUGAAAAUAUUUAUAAUUUUAAAAAUAAAUAAUUGAUGUAUGUAGAAAAAAAAUUAUGCAGUUUCAGAGCUCCAUAUAAUUUUUAAAUUUUAAUAACCACAAUAUCCAUAAAUAAAUUCUCUCAAUCUGUUGGAUUUGACGGCGGAUUGAUGAAAAUAAAGUCGAUUGUGUAAAAAUUACAAUUAAUGGCUAAACUAUAUAUCCUUAUAAGUUGGAAAAACAGGAUAAAUUAAUUGUCGCUUUUGUCAAAUUCACAAAAUAAAUAAUUUUAAAUAAUAAUAUAAUUUAUUUAUUGCCGUAACAUGGGCGGCGGAGGGUGGAAAAUAUUUAUCUGAAGUUACAAAAUUAUCAUUAUUAUUAUUAUUCAUUUAUUCAAUUGGACAUAGAGUCAUUACUCCUUGCGGCCAUCCAAAAUAUAUAGUUUUACAUGAUAGUAUAUAUAGCUGUUAAACAAGCGACAUAAAAAUACAAUAGUUUAAUAAUAUAUGUAUAACAAUAAUUUGGUUAGUAUAUCAUUUCAUUCAUCAUUAAUUUAUUAACAAAUUAAUUAAUUAAUGAAUUUGUAAUCAUCUUAUUCAAGAACUAAUUACAACAUGUUUUCCUAAAUUCGUUAAAUGUGGGCUGUUGCGUACAAGCACUAACUCAUUCCAUAUUCUAAUAGCUCGCUCAUUAAGAACGAUUUGUCAUAUUUCAUGGUGCGACAGUUUGGUAAUAUUAAAUAAUCACGACGGAUAUCGCCUCUUCGAAAACGAGGCUCUAGCACACAAAAAUUGUUUUAAAGCAGUUGUUUUUUAUUCAAACACAAUAUUUUAUAAACUAGACAGCUCCAUACCUAAUGAACUUCGAAAAUUUGAACUUUGGCAAUUUGAACUCUUGUAAAUUUGAAUUUGAACUUUGAAUAAUUUAGUAGUUCUUUAAGGGUGUGCGAAUAUCGUUCGAAUCGAAUCGAAUCGAAUAAUUCGAAAGUUCCCGAAUAAUUCGAAAGUUCACGAAUAAUUCGAAAAAUUUCAAAUAAUUCGGAAAUUUUCGAAUAAAUCGCGAAUAGUUCGAACAAUUCGCGAAUUAUCGAAAUAUCACUGGAUUUUCUAUUGUUUCCAAUUUGAAUUCCAUUACAUCAUGUAUCAAAAUAUUUUACUUACGAAUAAUAGUAUACUUUUUGAUUAAAAAUCAAUUAUCCGGAGAAAACAAUUGCUCAAUUUCAAUGUAUGUUCAUCUUUGUCAGUAACAUAAAAAAUCUAGAUACUAUUAUUGGCAAGAGAUCUUUUCAAUUCAUUUUGGUUUUUAUAAUUAUUAAUUUCCGUUUGAAAAAAAAUAAAUAAGAAAAAGGUUACUCACGCAAUAUUUUAAAAUUCUCGAAAUUAAUUUCUCCAAGUUUUUUUAUAGAAAAUUCGAAUUAUUCGAUUCGGAUUUCGAAUCGAAUAUUAAUAUUCGAUUCAGAACGAAUAAUUCGUAAGUUCGAAUUAUUCGCACACCCCUAUAUUUCUUUCAUCAAAAAUAAUUUCAUUCAUCAUCACUCAUUCAUUCAUCAAAAGUUUAUACUUAUGACGUUAAGUUCGAAUCAUAGUAUAGUCUAUGUGUACCGCUAUUUUUGGCGUUAACAUUUGAAUAUUAAUAGGUUGUUUCAUUCAUAAAAGUUAAAAUUUACCAAAGUUCAAAUUGCGAAAGUUCAAUUUUCAAAGUUCAUUAGGUCGGUCACCAACUAGACAACAAAGAAAAAACUCCCGCCUUAAUUUCAAAGUUAGCUAUCAUAGAUUAUUAUAAUAUGCUGUAACAUGCUCAUAUUUCGAUAUUUUAAAACUAAAUUGUAAGCUUUGAAUAAAUUUGAAUUGACAUACUUUUGUUACUUUGAUCACUACAACUCUAUAUAGAUGCUGAGGGAUUCGCUACUAUCCGCUUCCGGUUGUUACCGGGUUAAUACAGUGGAGUUCACUGCAGUGUUUUAGUUUUGCUCGAAUUGAUAGAGACAUCGUCUAAGGUAGAGUACGUCAACAUCCGCAUACUGAUGAGCCCGUUGGCGUACUCGGAACGAAACUAUCGAUUUUUCGGUAUUUUUUUCACUCUAAGCAAUUUUAUUUAUUUUUAUGAUCGACUUACAAAUCAAUUCACUCUGAAUUAAUGGUAUAUGUCAGAUUGCGCGUAUUGACAAACAAAAACUUUGAGAUUUAAUGAAUACUAAAGAAAAUUUGAAUACAAAUAUAAAACCAACGGAUUAAUUUAUAUUUUAAAAAUACUUUUAUCUACACAAAAUGCAAUUUUUAUAUUAAAUCCGUCGUUGCGUUCUUGCUGAUAAAAUUUAUCCAAAAGCGAUAAGAAUAAAAUUGGAUGAUUGUUAGUAGAAAAUAUAUGAACUCUGCACUUCUGCAUAAUUGCCAAAAGUUUUAAUUACAAAGGUGCCAAUUUUAUUUGAAAUUUAAACGGAUAAUUAAAAAAUAUAAAUUUAUAGACGUUAUUGUUUGUGUGCAAAAGUAUUCUGAUUUUAAAAAAGGCUGAAUAUAAGAGAUAUUAAUAUUUUUUAAAAAUUUUUGAUCUGUAAAAAAUAAAAUAAUGGAAAAAAAUAUUUUUUGUGUGAAUUUAUUCAAUAAUCUGAAAAUUAUGCAAUGGAAAAAAUAAAGUAAUCGAGUAUUGAGUUAAAAAUGAUUUUAAUGAGUAUCUUUCACCGGUGGGUAAAAAUAUAUAAAGCGAGUAGAGGGAGGAUGCACUUUCUUUAGAGCUCGGAUAACUUUAUGUACCGGUUUUAAGGUCACUAGAGAAAGUUCAGCUGACGUUUCAAGUGAACAAGAAAUGUUGCCGACUGGCACUCGUGUUUUUAUUAAACAAUAAGUACUGAAAGAAUUGGAUGUAUGAGUUCACUGGGAGUGUAAUGCUUUCCAUGGAUUUAUAAAUAUAUUUUUAUUCAAAUUACAGUACAAAAAAUAGGUAGCGAGCAUGAGAAAAAUUAUAUUUUGUUUAAUUGUUACUUUUGUAAAUUAGAUUAGAUUUUUUUUUAAUGGGCGGUUUCUUUUGUUAUUCAAUUUUGUCAUAAGCCAGAUAUUAAAUAUGGAAAUUUAUG